UUUGAGAGCAAGAUGUGGAUGGAGCAUCUUCACAUAAGUGCUUGUGGCUAUUUGAGCACAGACACCCCCAACACACUUCAGAUGAGUCUUGUGAUAUACACAGGCCUCUCUCUUAUCCCCCUGUUACAAUAAGGGUUAAUAGCACAAGCUCAUCCCUAUUGUGUGACAAUCACCUGAGUGUGAGACAGGCAGAGACAGAGGAGAAGGAAAGAGCAGGGAGUGAGAGCAUCUCCCCAGCACUGCGAUCUCCCAGGCGGUGGGUUGUGAAUCACUGAAAGAAGGAGAGAGAGGGGAGAAGCCAAGAGCAACAGGAUGAAGAGGUACCAGGAACAGCAUCUGAAACAGCCCAUCAUACCGGACCUGCUAAUGAGUCCUAGUGAUCGCGAUGACACAGAACUGGAUAUAGAAUACCCAGAGGACAGAGGAAACUGGUCAGGGAAGCUAGAUUUUCUACUUUCCUGCAUUGGAUACUGCGUUGGUCUUGGGAAUGUUUGGAGAUUUCCAUAUAGAGCCUACACAAAUGGAGGAGGAGCCUUUCUUAUUCCUUACUUCAUCAUGCUGGCUAUAUGUGGCAUUCCUCUCUUCUUCAUGGAGUUGUCUCUUGGACAGUUCUCAAGCCUCGGGCCAUUGGCUGUUUGGAAGAUAAGCCCACUUUUUAAAGGUGUUGGGAUGGGCAUGCUACUAAUUGUGGCCCUGGUGGCCAUUUACUACAACAUGAUCAUAGCCUAUGUGCUAUUCUACCUCUUCGCCUCUCUGAGCAGCAACCUACCAUGGGAGCAUUGCGGCAAUUGGUGGAACACUGAUCUUUGCCUGGACCAUCAUGUUAUGCGGGCCAGCAACUCUGCCUUAACAAUCAAUAUAAGCAACACAGUUAGUCCCAGCGAGGAGUACUGGAGUCGCUAUGUCCUUCACAUACAAGGAAGCUCUGGCAUUGGGGAUCCAGGGCAAAUUCGCUGGAACUUGUGCUUGUGUCUUCUCCUCUCAUGGACCAUUGUGUAUCUCUGCAUCCUCAAGGGAGUGAAAUCUUCUGGCAAGGUUGUUUACUUCACGGCUACCUUCCCCUAUAUUAUAUUGGUGAUGCUGCUGAUUCGCGGAGUGACGUUGGAAGGUGCUUGGAUAGGAAUAAAGUUCUACCUCACCCCUCAGUUUGAGCACUUGCUGUCAUCAAAGGUGUGGAUUGAAGCAGCCUUACAGAUCUUUUAUUCCCUUGGAGUGGGAUUCGGGGGUCUUCUUACCUUUGCAUCCUAUAACACUUUUCAUCAAAACAUUUACAGGGACACAUUUAUUGUCACCCUUGGGAAUGCCUUCACAAGUAUCCUUGCUGGAUUUGCAAUCUUCUCAGUUCUGGGCUACAUGUCGCAAGAGCUUGGGGUCCCUGUUGACCAAGUUGCAAAAGCAGGUCCAGGGUUAGCCUUCGUUGUGUAUCCUCAAGCUAUGACAAUGCUUCCUCUAUCUCCAUUUUGGUCUUUCCUCUUCUUCUUUAUGCUUUUAACCCUUGGACUGGACAGUCAAUUUGCAUUCAUGGAGACUAUUGUGACUGCCAUCACUGAUGAAUUCCCUUACUACCUGAGGCCAAAGAAAGCUGUCUUCUCUGCAGUUAUCUGUAUCGUUUUAUUCUUGCUAGGACUAAUACUUACGACAGAUGGUGGGAUGUAUUGGUUGGUGCUGUUGGAUGAUUACAGUGCUGGAUUUGGCCUCCUUGUGAUAGUGAUUACCUUUAGCCUUUCGGUAUCUCGGGUUUAUGGUAUCAAGAAUUUUUGCAGAGAUAUUCAAAUGAUGCUUGGGUUCAAACCAGGAUUCUACUUCAAAGCUUGCUGGAUAUUUCUGUCACCAGUGACACUUAUUUGCCUGUUAGGCUACAGUAUUCUGAAAUAUCAGCCAUCGCAGUAUGGAACCUAUCAAUUUCCCCUCUGGUCUGAAGCGUUGGGAAUUCUAAUGGGGCUUCUCUCCUGCAUGAUGAUUCCAAUCGGAAUGCUGGUUGCCAUUUUAAAGGAAGAAGGGUCUCUCUGGGAGCGAAUACGGCAAGCAAGCAGACCCGCAAUGGACUGGGGCCCAUCUUUGGAAGAAAACAGGACAGGCAUGUAUGUGAAUACCCUAGCAGGAAGUCAGUCCCCCAAGCCUUUGAUGGUCCACAUGCGGAAAUACGGUGGCAUCACAAGUUAUGAAAACACAGCCAUUGAGGUGGAUAAAGAGAUUGAGGAGGAGUCCAUGAUGUGAUUGAACUAAAAAGAUGGAGGUGGAUUCUCUUCUGCAGGGCUUAGACAUGCUUCCAUUGCAUGGGACAUCGCUGUUCUUGUUCCAGUGUCCAAUGAGGAUCUUAAAAACGGAGGCCCUAAAUUACAAUGAUCGGUAGCUCUUUCUGUGGGACUGCAUACUGAGAUGUUUUUUGUGGAUGUCAUGUUAUUGGUAUUGUCUCACUCUUUGUGACUCUGUGUCUAUAUGCCUGUGUUUGGGAGACUGAUGGCUUGUUUUUGUUAAUGUACCUGGUGGAAAUAUUUUCAUACAGACUAUAGGCUAAUUGAUGGUUGUCAUUGGCAGGUUCCCUGCAAAGCAAAUCUUGGAGGUGUUUGAAAUAGAUUUUUGUUACACUAUUGUGUUUGCGGCCAUGAUGGUUUCUAGAGUUAAAGAAAUACAUUGUCAUAUAAUUUCUCUCUUUUUAAUUUCGUAAAUUCAUUUAAUUUAUUUUUGUAAACAGGGUUAAAUAUGGCUGCUUCAUACGAGAGCCAAUUUCCGUAAAAGUAAAUAUAUUUUUUAAAAAGAA